AUGGCUUUUCCAAUCCAGAUAGGCGAUGUCAUCCACUUGGGUAAAGCCGCAUGGGAGCUUUACAACUAUGGUUGGAACGCUGAUCUAAGAGCCAGUCGACAAUAUGCGGAUUUUGGCCAGUUAGUCAAAAGUCUUGCAGAGAACUUGGAUAACAUCGGCAGAGUCAUCAACAAUGCCGUCUCUCAUAUGCAGACUCGGCGUAUGUCGAUGGCUCUGCCGGUAUGGGAUCUAACCAGCGUUCGAGAAAUCACCGGCGAUUAUACAAACACAAUACUCGAGUGCAACCGUCUCCUAAAACAAAACGAGCAAUUCCGUCAAGACACUUCCCCGAUGAGCAACAUCGAAUGGCAUCUCCUCCUUCAGCCAAAUGUCGAUCGGCUGAAGCAGCGUGUGGAGAUGCAUAAUAACAAGAUCCUAUUUCUGUUAAAGCCUCUGGAGAUUGACCUACUGUGCCGCAUUCACGAAGACUUGGCGAGUCGAAUCGACGUGGUCUAUCGCGAAGUGAGGAUGUUGCGUCUUGGUGGCAUGGUGGUGGACGAUCCUCAACAAGGAAAGGAACAGCUGGAUUCACAUGAGACACCGUCUCUCCCUAUAUCGCAGGAACAUGACUUCAACUUCCAAAGGGCAUCCGAAGUUGGCCACCCUGAGCUUCGAGAUAGUGACAACUUCCCACUCGCAGAGGGUUCUGAAUCACUCAUUUCCCUAUUUCAGAAUGCGACCUCGGAGUUCCAGCCUGGAAUCUUCCUUCACGAAAGAUCACCAUCUCCCGAACAGUACCUCAAUCUUCUCAAAUGCGUCUGGAUCAUCCAGAAACUCCAUAACAAUCCUCGUCUACGCAAUGCAGAUUCGAAUUCUCACUGGCCGUCGUUCAUUAAACAACUUGAGUUGAAUGUCUCCCAGGAGUGCUGGAGAUUCACGGCUCAGUGUCCAAACCAACUCACUCCCCCCUCAACGUUUGCGUUGGUAGAAGAGCACUUUAGCAUCUGGCCAAUAAUGGAGCCAAACGAAAUCCUAUCUCCUUCAUAUGUUGAGCAAGGGAUGAUGGACGAGUUACUACAGAUCCAGUUAGCCAGCACACCUACGAAUGCAAAGACUCUACGAGUGCUACGGGCGACGGAAAAUAGGCUGCGGGUCGAAGAGACUGCUACCGAACGAACGCCGGAAGGGAAGUCUCGAACCGAGUCGCGAAUCUUGGAUCUACGCCUGAAGACCGCCAAGAUCGUACCUUUAUAUGCUGCACCUGGAAGAGGCCAGAGUGCACACAAUAUCGUCCUCCGGACCGAAUCAUCCACAACCCAAUUGUCAUUCGCAAAUCGAAAAGAUAUUCUCAAAUUCCAGCAAGCUUUGACUGGUUUCAAGUGUUACUCUUCCUACGACAGACCUAAUUGUCAAGUCAGCCUGAUCGUGGCCGGGAAGAACGGACCUACAAUUGCCGAAGCACAUGUCCAGCUUUGGAUGCCAAAGGAAAUAGAAGGCACACCAAGUACAGGCGCUUCAACUGCAACAGUCAAUUUUCAACCAUCCCGCAAUUCUGUUGCAUCUAUACCAACCGUAGCUGGAAUUCCAAUACCCAACUUCCCGACCCCAACGUCACCAGACACCUUCUUUACAACUCCUGACCCCUUCGCGCCUCUAAUGAAAAGUCUAAACUUAAAAGAUACACUGGGCACUAGCCCUACGACUGUCUCGAGCAGCACCUUUCUGUCCGUGAGCCCUCCAAGGAAUAUGGAGAGGAGUUCGAGCCAAGGGAGCUCUCCGAAAUCGGGAUCUUCCAGUCGAAGACCGUCGUCCAUGUCGCUCAGCAGCAACACAAGCCAAGGAAGCCGGACGACUCGAGUCACCGUAAAAUUGGGUCCACAGGAAGAAGGUUACACGUAUCGCAGACCGCUUCGCCCGAUGCUUGUUCUCUACCUGAAGCUGCCGGACCAAAAGCUCUCAUUCGUCACCAUCCACAUUGAUGAAAAUACCGCUAUGAAUCCAGAACGAUGCAAAUGCCAUAUUUCCGGUAAUCACUGUCCUAUCUCUGCUAUCGAGCGUAGCAAGGGAACCAAGGAUCUUCUUGCCCAGCGAUAUGAUGCGGAGGACUCGGAAGACUGGGACAUCACGCGCCUCGGCACGACGAAGCGGAAAGAGCUCCCGGAACAGGAAUUUCGAGGCCUGCAGAGGGUCAGUAUCAAGUUCGAAAACGAGCAACUACGGAAAGAGUUCGGUGGGGUCGCCUGCCGUUGCAACCUGGUUCGCGUUAUCGAUCUGCAAAAAUGCAUUCGAGGAGGUCAUCAAGGCUUGUUUGGCGAGGUGAAGCAGCAUGGACGAAGAGAGAUGCAUCUCUGGCAUCACGAACAAAACGAAAGGCGU